GCAUUUUGAAUACGUUGUAAACUUGCAAGCAUUCAUCACGUGUCCUGUAUUUAUUGUAAUCAAUUGUAAUGUUAAUGCUUUUGUAACACGUCGAACGUUAUCGGUUACUUUAUGUAUUUUCAUUGUAUGAAAUUUUUAAAUCACAUCAUCACAUACCAGUUUUAAGAUAUGAUCCAGCAUCGUACCGAGUAAUAUUUAAUUGUGAUUAGUAAAGCCAGGCAUAAAAGAAAAGAAAAUACUAAUCAAAAUUUAUAUUUAAUUGCAUCGUUACAUAACUGGUUAGGACGAAGGUUAAGCGUAGGUCAUCUUUCAAAUACAGUCAAAUGCUUUUUUGAGUUCUGACGUCUAAGGAAGAAAAAAAUAUGCCCGAAAAUAUUAAUCCUUCGGUACCGCUCAUAGGAGCGAUAGACGAAGGUACAAGCAGCGCCAGAUUUUUAAUAUUUGACGUAUUACGUGGGAAAGUAGUGACAUCGCAUCAAAUAGAGAUUAAGCAAAGAUGUCCACAAGAAGGAUGGGUAGAACAAGACCCAAAAGAGAUCUUACAAGCUGUCAGAGAGUGUAUAAAAAAGGCAAUAGAAAAGUUACACGACAUUGGCUUAAAUGCAUCGAAUAUCAAAGCCGUUGGGAUCACUAAUCAGAGAGAAACUACUUUAGUAUGGGAUAAAGAAACAGGAGAACCAUUGCACAAUGCAAUUGUGUGGCAUGAUAUGAGAACAACUACAACUUUGGAAGAUAUAUUAGAUAGUAUACCUAAUAAAACAAGAAACCAAAAUUAUUUAAAACCACUUUGUGGACUUCCAAUGUCUCCAUAUUUCAGUGCUCUUAAAAUACGUUGGCUUAUUGACAAUAUACCACGUGUCAAACAAGCUGUAGAUGCAGAGAGAUGUGCUUUUGGAACAAUUGACACGUGGCUCAUUUGGAAUCUUACGAAAGGUUCAUUACAUGUAACAGAUGUUUCAAAUGCAUCUCGUACCAUGUUGAUGAACAUAGAAACUCUAAAGUGGGAUCCUUUGUUGUGUCGAUUUUUUGGAAUUCCACAUCACAUUCUACCUGAAAUACGAUCUAGUUCCGAAGUAUAUGGAAUAGUCUCAAACCCUGAAGUCCUUGCUGGUGUACCUAUAGCUGGGUGUAUAGGUGAUCAACAAGGAGCUUUACUUGGUCAAUUAUGUUUAAAGCCUGGACAAGCAAAAGCCACUUAUGGAACUGGUUGUUUUCUACUUUAUAAUACCGGAAACAUCAAAGUAGAUUCACAUCACGGACUUAUAACAACUAUUGCUUAUAAAAUCGGUAAAUCUCCAGCAAUUUAUGCGUUAGAAGGCUCUGUUGCCGUCGCCGGAGCAGCCUUAUCAUGGUUGCGAGAUAAUCUGCAACUCUUCAGUAGCUUUAGUCAGGUGCAGGAGAUGGCAGAAAGUGUAAGUUCUUCUGGAGACGUGUAUUUUGUACCUGCCUUCUCUGGUUUAUAUGCACCUUAUUGGCAACAGGAUGCGCGGGGAGUAAUAUGUGGUAUCACCGAAGAUACACAGGACUUUCAUAUUGUUCGAGCAGCGUUAGAAGCUGUCUGUUUUCAAACAAGAGAUAUUUUGGAAGCAAUGGUAAAAGAUUCUGGAACGAAAUUAACUACGUUAUUAGUCGAUGGUGGAAUGACUGUAAAUAAUUUGCUCAUGCAACUACAAGCGGAUCUCGUUGGAAUAAAUGUUGUAAGACCCAAUAUGGUGGAAACAACAGCGUUAGGAGCCGCUAUACUAGCUGGCGUUGGUAUCGGUAUUAUUGAUAUUAAUGAACUGGAUGCAUCGCAUGUCACAAAGUUCACACCUGCUAUUGGAGAAGAUGAACGAGACUUGAGGUACUGUAAGUGGAAAAUGGCUAUAGAAAGGUCAAUGAAGUGGGAUUGUGCUACCUCAUCCUUCAACAAUUAACUGAAGUGCAUACAAAAUGCUAUAUCUGAGUUGGAAUACCUGUACAUGAAACGAUUCAAUUAUUGAACGCUACUAUGUAGCUUUCAGGUAUAGCAUAACGUAGUACAUGUACGCUGCGCUCAAUUUAGGAGUUUAACACAAACUGAGGGCCCAAUAUGUAUGUAGUACAUAAAAUAACUUGUUAAAUAUGUGCAACAUGUAUGCAAAAAUGGAAGAAACAUGUAUUAAUUUAGAAAGUGUUCUAUAUGUUUUAUUGAUAAAUAUGUUAAUGUAUUGUUACAAAUGUUUGUUAUUUCUUAUUAAAGAAAAUUAUUGUUGUCCCACACAUUAACUAAA